AAAUGGUGGGGUUUCCACCAUUUCUUCAAUCUCUUCUUAUCAUCUCAAAAGAUUAUAAAAGGUUCACUCCUCCUGCUCAGCCACUAAAAUUGAUCUAGUUCAUCAUCCUCCGGCUUCCGGGCAUGAACCAGUACGGAGUAGCUUAAAAUUGUUCCGCAUAUGUGGGGUUUUCUGAGCGACGAGCUUUCCAAGAAGACGGCUCUGUUCGGGUUGAGGUUAUGGGUCGUGCUGGGAAUCUAUGCCGGAGCCGCAGUUUCUCUUCUUCUCUUCAUCGUCUCCCUGUGGCUCAUUUCCCGGCGCAAUGUGAGAAGAAAGAUUGCAGCUUUUCUGCCUCUCACCGCCCCACCCGUCGUUUCCAAGGAAAUACUGGAGAUUCGGGUCGACCCGCCUGAAAAUCGGAAGCUCUCCCUGCGCGACCCGGAUUUGGAGCCCGAACCGCUAGGGAAAGAUAGCCAGAAACCCGGCGGCAAUGGGAAGAAUCACAGAUGCUCGGAGCGGGUGGGUUCGUGUGGUUGGUCUAGCUACGGGCCGGGCGAUCAGGCCGCCCCCGAGGUGUCACAUUUGGGGUGGGGCCAUUGGUACACUCUCAGAGAGCUCGAAGUAUCCACCAAUGGAUUUUCCCAUGAGAAUGUGAUAGGGGAAGGUGGCUAUGGAAUCGUCUACCAUGGAGUUCUUGAAGAUGAAACUAUGGUUGCUGUCAAGAAUUUGCUGAAUAACAGGGGACAAGCGGAGAAGGAGUUCAAGGUUGAAGUGGAAGCAAUCGGGCGAAUCAGGCACAAGAAUCUGGUGAGGUUGCUCGGUUACUGCGCAGAAGGCGUUCAAAGGAUGCUUGUGUAUGAAUAUGUGGACAAUGGGAACUUGGAGAAAUGGCUUCAUGGAGAUGUAGGGCCCCACAGCCCUCUUACCUGGGAAAUUCGAAUGAAUAUUGUUCUUGGAGUGGCAAAAGGGUUGAGCUAUCUGCAUGAUGGGCUUGAGCCGAAAGUGAUUCAUCGCGACAUCAAAUCGAGCAAUAUUUUGCUCGAUAAGCAAUGGAACCCAAAGCUAUCCGACUUUGGUUUGGCAAAACUCUUGUGUUCUGAGAAGAGCUACAUCACCACUCAGGUCAUGGGAACGUUUGGCUAUGUUGCUCCAGAAUAUGCAAGCACGGGCAUGUUAAACGAGCGGAGUGAUGUUUAUAGCUUUGGAAUCCUUGUCAUGGAGAUGAUUACGGGGAGAAGCCCCAUAGAUUAUAGCCGUCCUUCUGCAGAGGUGAACCUAGUUGAGUGGGUCAAAAGUAUGGUUUCGAACCGCAAUGUUGAGGGGAUUUGGGACCCCAAGCUAGCAGAGAAACCGUCUUCAAGGGCAUUGAAACGUAUCCUUUUGGUUGCUCUACGGUGCGUCGACCCCAAUGCUCAGAAGAGGCCAAAGAUGGCCCACGUAUUGCACACGCUUGAAACCGAUGAUUUUCCUCUCCGUGAUGACAGAAGAUCAACGGGAAGAGAUCACACGAGAUCUCAUCACGAGUGCGAUAGUCAAGAAGGAGCCAUAGUUGAAGAAUCAUCUGAAUCAGAUUACCACAAAGGACCAUAAGUUAUUUGUUUCAAUCUAAUAAAUGAAUGAAGCCUCUCAGUUUGGCUGUGGUUCCAAUUCUCAGUUUUCAUCUUUGUGAUUUGCAUGUUUAAAUAUCUUCACUUCAUUUCCUUUCGGAAAUGCAUAAAAAUUGUGUGAUUCA